AUGCACUCGACAUUCAUUCAUCUCCUUUCCUCUAUCGUAAUCGCUACUGGCCUUCUUCGGGUCCAUGCAGCUACCUACACCCAAUCAACAUCAUAUAUAGGAAAUGACUUUAUCAGUGGCGAUUUUAAUUUCUUCACGGCCGCUGAUCCCACAGCAGGACGGGUAACUUAUGUGGACCAAGCAACUGCAGCUGCUGCCAACUUGACCUUUGCCACAGACGAUGUUUUUGUCCUUCGUGCGGACGAUACUACAGUCCUCUCUGCAAGCGAUCCCGGCAGAAAGUCUGUUCGACUUGAAUCUGUGCUUACGUUCGGGAGCCCAUCAGCUAUGGUACUCGAUAUCGCACACAUGCCUGAAGGAUGCGGCACCUGGCCAGCCCUUUGGACAUAUGGCCCCAACUGGCCAAGCGUGAACAACCAAAAUAAUAAUCAAGGUACUUUACACACAGGCCCAUCCUGCACUAUGCCCGCCAGUCGCACCCAAACCGGUACUGUGCUGAACGACGACUGCGCUGCUGCAGAUGAUGGAAACGAUGGAUGUGGUGUUGAGUUUGCUGCCAACACAUUCGGACCUAGUUUUAACGCUGCUGGAGGAGGAUGGUUCGGAAUGGAGAGGACAUCUACCUUUAUCAGUAUCUGGUUCUGGCCGCGUGGCUCCACUACGGUCCCCGCCGGUGUAUCAGAAGGAGACACUGAAGUCGUUACCGACAACUGGGGUACUCCCGUGGCUUAUUUCCCCAACACCGAUUGUGACAUUGCAUCUGAAUUUGAGGCCCACAAUUUUGUAAUAAACCUAACGUUCUGUGGUGAUUGGGCAGGAAUCACUAGCGUUUGGGAUCUUGCUUGCGCUGCGAGUACGGGAGUCUCUGAUUGCAAUGACUACGUCAAUGCAAACCCCUCCGCUUUCAGCAAUGCAUAUUUCGAGAUUAAUUCUGUUAGAAUCUACGAAUGAGCAGCUCAUGCAGUGUGGUCCUUCAUCGUUAGAUUGGAGCUCAUCGUGACUCGUACAAAUCGUUCAGCCGGGUGCUGAUGUUGUAAAUUUAUAAAUGUGUGUAAUUGAUAGCUACGUAUGUAUACAAAAAACCAAACUACCACCGAUUAAGUAUGGGCCGGCGAAUUACCUGUU